CACACAAUUCUUUAUACGUCUAUGAAUUUAGGUAUCAUUCUAUUGUCCAAAAAUGUACUGGUAUAUGUUCUGAGCGCGUAUCGCACGCCGGUCGGGACGACAACCACAGAUAAAAGAUAACGGUAAUGAUAAUGGUAGUGCCCACGUGUGAUAACGGACGCGAGAAAACAACAAUAUUUGAAACACCAGCGUUGCUGCGAACACUCGCCUCUGCCCGCUUACGACCACGAUGAACUGUGCUCGGGCGGGUUUCCUGAAGAGAUCCUACGUGACCAAAACGAAACUGACGACGGUCUUCAACGAAGAUGUACAUCAGAUGGUGUUGCGCGAAGAAAUCAAAGCGCGCAGACAUCCCGGCAGGUGCACCGUGAUCGCCAAUCCGUUGCCCGACAGUUUGAUCGCUUCCAUUGUUAAAACCCUUAAAGACGUUCAAUUGAAAUCCUUGAUGACCGACAGCCAGCUAUUGGUCAACUAUAUGCAUAGCAGGCACAGCCCAGUUGAAGCUAGUGAAAAAAUUGAAAAAAAGAAAUUUCAUCAAGCCGAAUUGGAAGAUAAAUAUAAAAAAGAAAAUCUCACCGCUGAGCAAGAAAUCAGGUUGGAGAAGUUUAUUAACAACCGAGCUGAAAAACUUAUAGCACAAAGAACAUACAAUUGGAAACCAAUUGAUUUCAAUAACAAACACGUAUGUCAUCAAUAUCUGCUGUCUCGUAUUGCUCCGGAGUAUAAUACAAUACAAAUGAUAUUUAAUGAAAUACAACAGAGAGAUCCAAAUUUUUCACCUGAAAGCCUGUUUGAUUUCGGCUCUGGUAUUGGUACAGUCACCAUGAACGCUAUAAAAUUCUGGGGCAAUUCAUUAAAAGAAUAUUAUUGUGUAGACACGUCAUCAACUAUGAAUGAUUUGUCCAAGCUUCUCUUGCAAGAAGGAAAUCCAAAUAACAAUCAAAUCUUGCCCAAAGGUUUAUUUUAUAGACAAUUUUUACCGGCAUCGCCAAAUUUGAAGUUUGAUCUCGUCGUUUCUGCAUACUCAUUGUUUGAGCUGCCAGACAUUAAAAAUCGUUUUGAAACCAUACUGAAUUUGUGGAAUAAAACGAAACAGUAUAUCAUACUCGUUGAAAUGGGAACAAGAGCAGGAUUCAACUUGAUAAAUGAAGCCAGGGAUCUUCUCCUUGAAAUAUCUUCUCAAAACAACAUAAAAAGUCAUGUGUUUUCACCGUGUGCCCACGAAUACUCUUGUCCCCGUUACGAUACUGAUGACACGCCCUGUAAUUUUAUAGUAACUUAUUAUACACCGAAAAUAAGUCAACAAUCUACUAUCAAAAAAGAACAUUUUUCUUACAUAGUGAUUAAAAAAGGAGAGAGACCAGAAACAGAUGAACAGUGGCCCAGAAUAGUGCGACCAGUGUUAGUACGUUCUAAACAUUCCAUUUGUCGAAUGUGUACUAGUAGUGGUAAAUUGCAAGAAAUAAUAUUCACUGCUGCUAGAAAUGGAAAAAUUCCUUAUUGGUGUGCACGAUCGAGUAAAUGGGGCGAUAGAUUACCAAUAAAAAUCAAAGAAGAGGUCGAGUCUGAAUAAAUUUAAUAUUAUUGUA